AUGGCUUCAGUUGUUGAGCAAACCUCAAUUCCUGUUGCUCCAGAUUUACCACCAACAUCCUACGAUGGAAGUCACCUCCACUGGAAGGUCUUCCGAGAGGAUGUUCUCAAGCCACAUCGAAUUGCCAUUCACGAUGUAGCACCAAUGCAAGGCCUCCUUCCUGAGGCUUUGCUCACCAUGAUAGAAAGAGAGACAAUGAAUCCGGAACGCUUCGACGAACAAAAACAGUCAUUUCGUGAACAGGUUGAGAUCGGCCGAGGCUUCGGUCCAACUCCACUAUUUCCACCAAAUAUUCUACCUUCAAUUGAGUCUGAGGUCAGUCUGGCGCGAUGUAUGGUACCCUCUUUCAGUCGAGACGCAUUGCCUGUACGAACAAGCAACCACAAGAGUCCUCUUUAUGAAUUAUCAGUUCCACGUCCUGGGCUCGGCUGUGGCUUCUCUGCCAGCGCACUUUCAUACGAAGAAACCAGUACCAUGCCUUCUUGGUUGAUGACCACUGGAACAAUUGUUCAUUUCGAUACUGGCUAUAUAUCUCCGGGUGCGCCUUUGUAUUGCCCGUUUCUCACAUUCGAGCGAACUUUGGGCGAAACACGAUUAGAAACUGCCAACAACCAAUGUGCAAUCGCAGGGGCUUGGUGUGUCAGAGCAUUGCAACUACUCUAUGGUCAAGCAUGGAAAGGACAGAUGGUCCCAGAGAUGCCUCUUUCCUUCUCUUGCACUAUCGACAACACAUUUGCCAUAUUGAAUUUCCACUGGAUUGAGAGUGACACGUAUUGCAUGGCACCACUCUGCAAGUUCGAUCUUGGUGACGACGAGCAUUUCACAAAAUUCCUUGUGUGGAUUGAGUCCAUCGGCCGCUGGGCAGUCUCGCAUCAUCUUCCGUUGAUAAAAACAGCAUUGGAGCGCAUACGGAUCAAGGAGACAACCCCUCCAGCAACCCCACGACAGCCCAAAUUGUCUGUGGCAACUGGUAUGUGUCCUGAUGAGAUGCUUAUCAAGUCUCUGAAGACGACUUUCAGCAACAUUCCCUGGCGCUUCGAGGAUGACGAGUUCACCCCUGUCAGCAGCAGCACUGCGAGUUGGGGCAGCCCCAUAGUUACAAAUGCCACCUUCGCCAACUUGGUCUAUCCUAUGAUCGCCCCAGGCCAAGUCAAGAGUGCAGGGCCGCGGAGCGCAGCACCACGCUCUGCGAUCUCCAAGCGCCUACUCCCCCAGAUUGGUCAGCCUACACCUCCACCAGCAUAUGCUGCAAACCCCGAACUUGUCUGGCAAAAACGGUUCAGCCACGCGAUGGACGAGAUCCGGGAUCUGCAGCAACAAAUGCUAACCCUGAAGAGCGAAAUCGAUGGCUCGAAUAUGUCAUUUCUGAGCGAGUUGUCCGGGGUGAAGACAACCAUGACCUCGGUACUCCGAAAGGAGACUCUAGCUCUGCGAAAUCGGUCGUUUUCUGCCAGUAUGUCGGAGAACUGGACUUCACAGACAAUCCAACGGAGUCCACUAGUCAACGAGAUUCGACCUACAUUUGUCAUUGACCGUGCCUCACCUAUGAGAGAGAAGCCCCCACCGCUCAUGAAACAGAAAUCAGCACCCAAUUCCCCUGGAAUGCUCUCACCUAACAUGCACUCUCCUGGCCAGCCUUCUCCGGGUCUCUCCUCUCCUGGUAUGCCCUCUCCAGGGAUGCACUCUAAUGGAUUUCCUUCUCCGGGUAUGCCAUCUCCAAGUUUCUCCAUAUUCAGCGAGAAUAAUAUUGUGGUUGUGCCUCCUGCACCCCCGAUGUCCUCUCUAUGGAAAUUCACCGCCCUCAUGCUAUCUGGACACAUGCUGGCUUCGUUCAUCCCUUCAACACUGGCACGCCUGUUCGUUCUUGGUCUGGUAACUGAUGCAUGUCUUUUAUCCUUUGCCAGCCCUCACUACGCAAGCUCUCUUGCAUACCUCUCUGCCCUGUGGAGAGGACACUAA